AUGAACGCUCACAGUAACACAAUUUGUGAUUGCUCGCUUAAAGCUAUCGAUUACGGAGUUAAUUCUGACCAAGCGAUGCAGACACUUGGCGAUCAUAAGUUGCCCCACUUCUUUAAUUAUCCGCCCUACUUUACGUUGCAGCCUGUGAGAGAAACAAGAGAGAAGCAAAUACAACUAUGGAAGGAACUUAUUCUUGAUUAUUGUCGAACACAAAAGAUAUUUAUAAUUGGAUUGGAAGAAGACUUUCCCCUGUUCUCCAACCCUGCAAUUGAAAGGUCUCUGAAUCAUGAAGCAAGAGAAGCUUUCCUGUCAGCCAUAGUCUUGGAUGGACGUGCAGAAUGGAUGGACAAGAGUCAUAGGCAAUGUCUUAUCUUAUGGCAUCGUAUAAAAGAUUGGGCUGACCUCAUCUUACGCUUUGUUAAGGAGAAUGGAUUAGAGGACAGUGUAAUGACAAUUGAGGAAAUACGUUCAGGGAUUGAGUCACGUGGAACAGAUAUCCAUGGAAUGGAGCGAACUGUUCUAGUGAGGGCACUUAAAACUUCUGGAAAACAAAGGAAAACUUGCAAUCUUCAAGGGAACUUCAACAGAUGAUGAGGGCGUAAAAUUUUCUGUUUGAUUUGUACUUCAAUCAUUACAUUUCUUUUUGCAACACUUAUUAUAUGCUGGAUUGGAUCAUCUUUGUGAUGGAAAAAAGAUGACACAGUUAUUGUAUUUUGUUUUUUAUAAUGAGGCAAAUUGUAGGAAAUAGCCACAUGUUUUACUCUUUUUA